GCGCGUCAGCCGUUUCAAGUGGAUUACAUUCGCGUUCAAAAUUAGAUAUAAAAUACGGAAGACUUCGUUCGAAAAGGCGGAGCGUUCAUUUCUGCGCUGAAGUUGUAAAUUUUGUGUGCUUAGGACCCGGGAACCAUGCGGAUCCAGCGGAGUCUAGUGUUUUGUGCCCUUGGUACGCUCUCUCUACUCACACUUGUCGCCGGCAAGGCACUGAUCGAUCAACAGACCGCCGAAUCGCAAGCGAACAGCGCUACUGUCGCUCAGCAACGCAUCGGCUGGGAUCACGAUCCCCACGAGGUGCACGAACAUCACUAUCAUGAGCAUCAUCACGAUCCAGGCUUCUGGAAGAAGAAAGUGACGUGGAAGGAAGGUUGGAAAAAGAUUUGGAAACCAGCAAAGAAACAAAUUUGGAAUCCAUCAUGGAAACAAAUCUGGAAACCGAUUUGGGUGCCAGUUAAGGUGCCCGCUUGGAAGGACAUCAAAGUGCCGGCGUGGAAGCAAGUGUGGAAGCCCAUAUGGAAGGAGAUAAAGGUGCCCGCAUGGAAGGAGAUACAAGUACCGGAUUGGAAGAAGAUUUGGAAGCCAGUAUGGGUGCCAACGAAAGUGCCCGCAUGGAAAGAUAUACAAGUGCCGGCGUGGAAGCAAAUUUGGGUGCCCGUGUGGAAGGAAAUACAAGUGCCAGCUUGGAAGGAAAUACAAGUACCGGAAUGGAAGCAAUACUGGACGCCAGAGUGGAUUAAGGUGGGUAUACCUGGUGAGAAGUAUUUAGGUAAGGAUCCCGAAGGUUGGGAAUACACCAGUCAUGAUUUAUGGAAGAAGAAGUUGGUUUGGAAGUCACAUUGGAAAAAGAUUUGGAAGCCAGCGAAGAAACAAAUUUGGGUACCAAGUAAAAAACUCGAAUGGAAAGAGGAAUGGAAGCAAAUCUGGAAACCGGCGAAAAAACAAAUAUGGGUUGAUGACAAGAAACUGGAAUGGAAGGAAGCGUGGAAACAAAUCUGGAAGCCAGCUAAGAAACUUAUUUGGAUUCCCGACAAAAAACUCGAAUGGAAAGAAUCUUGGGUGCAAAUUUGGAAACCGGCGAAGAAACAAAUUUGGGUCGAAGAUAAAAAGCUCGAAUGGAAGGAAGCAUGGAAACAGAUUUGGGUGCCUGGCUGGAAGGAAAUUUGGGUGCCUGCAUGGAAGAAAAUCUGGCGACCAGUAAUCAUAUCCGAAUGGUUCCCCACACCCGAUCAUCAUGAUCACCACCAUGAGCACGUAGAGCAUGGUUGGGAUCGCAAAGAUGUCCAACCGCAGGGAAGUAACAAAGUGGUGUGGAAGCGCGAUGACGAAGCGACACAUCUCAAGCCUGUUGCCACUGUCGAUUUUCAAACGGCAAAAGCAACUGAGGUGCGCACAUCCGCCGCGGUGGGUACGAAACCUGUAGCUACUACAGCGACGGCGGCGCCAACGCCAGGUCAGGGCUUCAAGUUCCCCGGUGCGUAGAUGAUUGCGUUGAACGAAAAUUUUGUUGUGUUUUGAAUUGCACAUCAUUUAAGCAUUUUUGUUGUACUUGUAAAUAUGUAUUCCAGUCGUUAGUUUUAAGUCGCUUCACAAAUCGUAAUUUUAUUUAAAUUUAUUUAGUUUUAAUGCGCCCCUCUAUCACCCGUUCCUUUCACCCUUCGAUUUGUACCAAUACAUUUGAAUUCUUUUCCAUAACUUUUGUAUUAUUUUAAUUUAAUUACAUAUAUGUACUUA